GUUGCAAAACAUUUGAUUUUAAGCAUUUUAGUUCAAAAUAUAGACGGUUCAUGUACCGGGAAACUUAUCAUAAAACUAAAUGUUCAUUAUAGAUUUCAUAUUUUACAUUAAAUUACGAUAGCAACGGUUAUAAAAAAAGAUUUGCAAAAUGGAUAUUCCUGAAACGGGUGCAAUAUUUACGCUUGGAAAAUCCUAUUUAUCAGAAAAUCACCAAAGCUAUUUUUUCAUAAAGAAUGACCCCAUUAGAAAAGUCGUGACGGGAGAUAAUCAAAGUGCAGUCAUUUGUGAAUCAGGACGUCUCUUUGUUUUCGGUGAAAAUCAAUACGGUCAAUUGUCUGCGGGAAAAGAGGUUAUUGCAAAACCUUCGUGUGUGAAAGAAAUAAAAAAUUUGGGCUAUAAAGUUCGGACUAUUGCCUUUUCUGACACAUUCAGCGUAAUUCUAACAGAAAAUAAUAAAAUAUUCUUCAAUGGUAAGUCAAUAUUCGGCAAUACCACACAAUGUAUUAUUCGACAUAAUUAUGAAAUUAUCGACUUUCAUAAGCGAUGUUUGGACGAUCAAGGAAAUUUUGAUGAUUUAGUUGAUAUUGCAGCUGGUCGAUCACAUUUUGUUGUACUCACAAAUAGUGGAAAGCUAUAUUGCUAUGGAUGUUUUGAUUCAUUCAAAGUAAAACAUCAGAGCGAAACAGUGAGGCGAAUAAGUGAACAUUUAAUAAUACGGAUCGCUAAGUGUGGCUCCACAUUUGUUGUAUUUAUUAGUGAUUGUAACGGUGUAUUUGUGCUUGGAAAUAUAAAUUCUGUCGAAUACACGCAAAUCACAAAGUUGAACAAAUCUGACCUUGCAGAUACAAUUUACAGCUUAUAUGUCUCAAAAAAGGACGAAAUAUUUUUAAUUAGUAGUUCUGGUGAUGUAUAUAAGAGCACAAAUGGGACCGAAAUUGAAUUUGAACGUAUAAUUUUAUUUAAUAAGAACGAUAACAUUCGGAAAUUCUGCGCAGGAAACGAUUUUGUAUGCGUUCUUACUGAUAAAAAUAAAUUCUUGACCACAUUUAACGAAAAGACAUCGGCGAAAACAUGUCGGCCACAUGAAUUAAAAAAAUUUCAAAAUCUCCACAUUUUGGAUGUAGCUGCGGGAUUACAUCAUAUUCUUUUAUUUGCUGUGUCAAUAAAAAUCAGUCCAUCCAACUCUCUUGAUAUUACGUCUUCGGAUGCGAAUGAAAAUAUUCUAAAUGAUUCUUUGCGAAAAAGCGAUUCUUCUAUGAAAAGCAGUGAAGAACUAUCUGCACACCAAGUACCACAAAAUAUUUCAGGCUUUAAGAAUAUCAUAAGCGAAAAACCGAUUCUUGCUAAGGAAAUACUCGAAAUAGUACAAUCGGAUAUAACGUACGCAACUAAUUCAAUUAACGAGUCAAAAGUCUCGAAAAUUGAUGUGAAAAAAAAUUCAAACGAAAAUAAAUUAAAAGCAGUUGAACUAGUGCAACACUUAUCCACCGAAAAAGAAAUUCAAGAUUCAAAUCAUUUACAGUUUAAUUAUCAAGCAGACAAUAUGGAUAUUGUUAGUAAAAAUAUUUCUAAUUUUGGAGACAGUCUGGUCAGUGAUAUAAAAUCUAUUACAACAGCCGGAGAAGAAAAACUAAAUGAUUUAACAAAAGAAACAGAAAAAAAAUUAAAAGAUGUUCCAAAAAACGUUAUUGACUAUGUCAAAACUUCCGUAGGCCAUGAAGAAGAUUUUCUCCAUGCAAAUAUAAAUGAAACAAAUACAUCAGAUUUAAAGAUAUCAGAACAGAAAAAUAAUGCAAUGAAUGAGAAUGACUUGUAUGUACCCAGAAAUGAGGACUUUAAUUUAAAUUCUGUGGAUAAUGAUGUUAAGUUCAUAGACAAUGGAAUGGAAAUAAAUAAUACAUCAAAUAUUAUACAAGCGAUGAAGGAUGAAAUCGAUGAAAUGAGCAAUGAUGUUAAAAACAAAUCUGAUGAAUUGACCGUGAAAUAUGAAGGUGUUAUCGACGAUGAGCUAUCGGAAGCAAAGGAAACAAUUUCAAGUAAAAUGUUUCACAUAAAAGAUGUUGGAAAAGAUAUAAUGAAAGAUGCAACGGUUUCAGCCGCUGACUUAAUUACCAAAAUCGUUCCAUUGAAACAUGAUUUGGAAGAAUUGGAUCUUGAAGCGGAUGGCGAUACUGAGCAAACAACUGCUUCAAUCAAAUCGGUCAAUACACCAGCCAAGAAUCAACUUGAAAUAGAGGAUAGUGUCGAUCAAUUGGAAACAAUUAAUGAAACACAGGCAAAUACUCAAAAAGAAAACGAAGGGCGAGUCAAACGAUUUUUCAGCGAAAUCAAAAAUAAUUGUAAAUCAUCUGAUACCGUUAUUGAGAUGGAAGAAAGUGCCAUGCAACAAAUAAAUCAAAUAAAAACCCAAUCCAUCAAUGACAUCAUGGAAAACAAUAAAACAUCCAAAGUUUGUACAAUUUUGUAGGUUGUUUAGAACUGAAGCAUUUUUAUGUUUCCCGUCCUUCCAUUUAUUAUGAUUCCAUUCAAAUUUGAUCCACAUAAAAUUGAAAUGUUUACAUUAUUCAUAAAUUUUAUAACGCUUUCCAAUUCAUUAAAUGUUGUAAUGUUAAUUAUUUGACUUACUUUAUUCACUUAUUAUAAUGUAUAAGUCUUCAGAUUUAUUAUUAUUCCUUAAUAUCACUUCCACAGCAGCCUGUAGUAAACCAGCAACACAGUUUCUAUAGAAGACUUGCCACCUAAAAGAAAUAAUAUAAUUUUUUAGAAACAAAAAAAAUAUAUAUGGAAUAUUGUAUAAAUCUCUACAACAUGCAAUAAAAAAAAUAAAAAAUUAAAAUGUGUAAAUAAUAAUAAAAAAAUUGAGCUAAGUCAAAGAUGCUGGCGUAUAAACAUUAACUACGGAAUCCCAACCGCAGUCGCCCAACUGAUUUGGAACCAAUCGAUUCCAGUCCAAACCAUAAUUUGAUUCCUUGUGGUGUGUUAUUAUUUCCAUUGCUUCAUCAUCAUACUGCCAAUUCCAAAUUCUAGAGGUGUGAUCAUAAGAAACUGAAGCUAACACACUUGAAUUAAAUGGUGAAAAUCGGACUCUUCGUAUAGCAUAUUCACAACCAUGCAACUCAAUAACUGGACUGGCAACGAAACGCAAGUCCCACAACCUUAUAUUAUUAUCUGAGCCCCCUGUGGCAACGAUAUUUUGAUCAAAUUCAUUCCAAUCACAGCACAAAACCUUUAAAAAGGAAAUAAAUAAAAACGAAUCAAUUUUUAUUGAAACAAAAGUAUCUUGGGGGAGACAACAAUUCCAAUAGAACGAAUAAUCACGAAAACGAACGUUAUUUAUUUUUUUCACUGUCUAUUUACAAAAUAAAUUUUCAAGUAAGAUAUUAUUGCACAUUAAAAUAAAGCGUUUUGUGAGUAAACUGGAAAUAUUUAAAAUCAACACUUUGCAGUAAAGUUGAAUAUCAUAUGCAAUAAUAUAAAAAAUCAAAUUAAAGAAUAUA